AGUGACACACCGUUACUACCGUGCAUGCUACCAGAGGAGAACACUACCUUCGCCACCACAGCGAAACCUCGGAAAACACGAUACAGUCAGAAAUGAACGAAGAACAAAUCCAACAAUCAGUAGCAGAAGAACAAAAUCACAAUCUUUGACUCUUUGAGUAAUUCAGCUCACACUAAUUUUCCAACUGCCACAAAUGGAUGUUACCGAAUCACAAACGGAUCCAGUUUCUUUCGAAAACCGACCCGGAAUCUUCAUCAUCGGUUCCUCCACCGUCGGCAAACGCACCCUCCUUUCCCGAUUGAUAUCUGUUGAUUCUGAAGAUGCAUUUGAUUCGGCUUCGGAAGUAAAUGUUCAUGGGUGGACUAUUAACAAUAAAUACUAUACUGCUGAUGUUGCUGUUUGGAUGGCUCAUCUUCAUGACGGGUUUUCUGUCGACAAUGUUCCCGGGUUUGAUCAAAUGACUGCUUUGGUGAUGGUCUUUGACAUGAAUGAUUUAUCUUCGCUAACUUCACUUCAAGGUUGGGUCUCACACACUGAUAUUCAAAAGUUUGAGAUAUUACUAUGUAUUGGAAACAAAGUAGAUCUGGUUCCAGAUCAUCCGGUUCAUGUUGAAUACAGAAGACGGUUGCUGAAACUCGAAGACUCCUCUGCAAAUGAAUUCUCCGAGUUUGGAAUAUCUGAAUCCGAAGGAACUAGUUUAUUGGGAAGUGAAGAACCGUCCUGGGACAUCAGAAAGUCGUGUUUGGAAUGGUGUGCUGAGCACAACAUUGAGUUCAUUGAGGCUUGUGCUUCCAAUGCCGAUUUUGACAAAUGCCUAUCUGUAGACGGUGAUUUACAAGGAGUUGAACGCCUCUAUGGGGCACUUUCUGCACAUAUGUGGCCUGGGAUGUUACUGAAAUCCGGUGAAAGGAUAAGCCAACCAUCAUUUCCAGAUAUAGAAGAGAUAUCUUCGGAAGAAUCUGACUAUGAACAAGAGUAUGAAGUUUUAUCAAAUGGUUUAGACGACGGUUGGGACGAAACUGAACAAGGAUGGAUUUCUGCAACUUCCUUAGAUGCAGGAGAAUCAUCAGUUCCUCAAAACAAUCCCAACACAGCUUGUGAACACGACGAUCGAAAUAAAUCCGAUAAAGAGCUCCGGCCCACAACUUCAAGCACCGAGUUUCAGAACCACGGUGACACAGCUGUUGUUCACAGUACGGUAAAUUCUGAAAGAGACGGGAAAUUAGACGAAAGUGAAUGUCUUGAGUUAGAUGAUUUGGAACAGUUGAUGUCUGAAAUUGGAAAUAUGCGCACAGGAUUAAGACUGAUGCCUGAUUUUCAAAGAAGGGAAAUGGCCGCAAAGCUUGCUAUGAAAAUGGCUUCCUUAUUUGGAGGAGAGAGUGAUGAAGGCGAAGUUUAGUUGGUAUUGUUAAUUCUAUAUUCGAUUUAAAUCGUAAGGAUACAUUGUCAAUGUAUUCUCAGUAAUUUUAUAUGAGUCAUCGUGUCGAGGCGAUGAGCAACUUCUGUUACCCAAGGAUGAUGCUGAACAUGUUGAUCCAAGUUCAGUUACUCUUGUUUUGUCAUACACUGUUCAAUAGCCUUAUUUUGUUUCUCAA